UACAAAAUGCCAAAAUAAAGAAAAUGGAAAAAUGUUGAAAGUACCUACUUUAACGUAAAAAAGAAACGGCAGCGAAAAUCGUGAAAAAUUGCGUUUUUUUUGGUCCGGGACAAGGCGUAAAUUUGACAAAUUCAGUACGUAACAUUCGCAUCAAAGUAACAUAAGUAGGCUGCAGAGAGAAGUGUUUUUUUUUUUAGAAAUUACGUGUUGGAUCCUUGAUUGUGUUUUGAGAACUUGGCGAAAGUUUGAAGUCGCCUACUAGGUGACGUUGAAAUAGGACUGGUAGACUUGAAAGAUAGAAAAUAGAGCUUUCUUGUUGCACCAGAAAGUGAUUUGUUAGUGAAUAUCUACAGCAAUAUAAAAUCGUCGGUUGCAACAGCAGAGAUGGCAAAAGACAAUAACAAUAUUAACAUAACGGACGAGUUAGCUAGUGGAAAUGGUGUUUCCAGUACUUCGGCGGAGACCAACAAGCAGAGCAACAGAGUGAAUCAGCAGCAUCCCGAUGUCAAUGGUGGCGGAACGAACGGCUUGAUGAACUCGCACUCGGAUGGGAUAAGUGAUUUGCAGCAUUCUGCACCAGUUUCACAGCGGCCGUCCGAAGGCGAAUCUGCAGGAGUUGUAUUUUUAGUUGUUCCCGAUUUACCACGCAGGGAAGAAAAUCCGUUUUCUCUCAAGCACUUUCUCAAACGAGACUCAUCACUUGGAUAUGGAUUGGCGUCAUCUAGUUCAACCGCCGGAACAGUAGCAAAUGGAACAAAUAUCAACCACAGUCGUAGUACUUCUAAUAUUAAUGGGAACAACAACAACGGUAAUUCUAACAACAAUUUUAUAAACUGCAGCAACAGUAGCAGUUCAAACAAUGCCAUUAACAAUCCAGCCACGAGUGGAGCUUCGCCAUCGAAAUCGGCCACAACAAGUUCACUGCAUAACACUAGCACGACGGGAGCUAAACCAAAAAUUCCUCAGUUCCAGUCCGUGAACACACUUAGUAGCGAGUCUAAAAUGAAACGUUCACCACGUUUUCCGUCCUUCGAUUCGCAAUCUAGUUUAUCGGACCUGGCCGACGAUAAGUUCAUGGCCAAUAUAUACCACAGUCGUAGCAACAACUCUUUUAAUUCAGACUAUCCGCUGGGUGGGACUGGAUCCAUUUCGGGAACAUCGCAGUAUGUCCAACGUUCGUACUCAAACUAUGACAUGGAAUCCCCUGGUUCGGUGGACUCGCCUCGAAUGGUUGGUUCUCAAAAUUUGCACAAUUCCCCCAACUUUAGUGGCAGAAGUCGCGAAAAUCUGUCAUCAACUCACCGGUUGGGUACAUCCGAAUUUUCAGCUGCCCUACCUGAUUUUGUACAAGAUCAUCUCGUUAUGGAAGAAUGGUAUAAUACUAAGGGGUCGCCGAAAAGCAUUUCACCAGUUUCGGUGGAUUUCGAUCAGCUGCCAGACUUUGCCGUUAACAGUUUGGAUCCGGAGUCUAGCGGACGAGGACACGGACCCGUAAUCAAUGACAUACCCUUUGAUCUUACAUAUAGCUCCGUAGCAACUGCCGGUUCUAUCUGUACUAGUGGAGUCGGAACAUCGUCAAACCGUAACCGAACUCCACAGCGCAACACCUCACCCAAUGUUCCGUUGGAUUUACCGCCUCAAAAUCUAGAAUUCUCUUUCGAUCUUCCCCGAAGACGUGUGACUCCGGCGCAGGCAUCAGCAGAACUUCCUCCUGAUUUAACCGAAAACAGUGCCUCUGGACAAGGCUCACGAUUUGGUUUUGACAUUGACCGGAACCAUUCGCCGCCACCUUCCGGAUCUGCAGCCGAUAAGAUCCAUCGCUUGCCGGAUUUCCUCUCUGAUGGUCCGAUCCAUUCGUCCGGUCGAUUGGCCGAUGUUACCCACGAUACACCUCAUUUCAACUCACCAGAUGCCGAUAUUCAUCACCAAUACCAGCAGAGACUGCAACUAGAGCGACAAGAAAACGAGCGGCUUAGGCGCGAAAUUGACGACAACCGACGGGUGAUAGCGGAUCAGGCACACCGAAUAAAGGAUCUUGAAAAUUCACUGGAAUCGGCCAAGAGUAGCGCCUCACUGGCACAGACUGUCGAAGGAAUUGAGGAAAAUUUGAACAAAAGCUAUCUGCGUGCUGCAACUGCCGAAUCUCAGGUCGUUAAGUUGAGGCAAAAAAUUAAACGAUUGAACAUGGAAAUCGAAGCGCUACGGCAAGAGAACGAGAUUCUGAAGGAAGAGGGUGCUGUCGGGGGAGCUGAUGCAGGAAUUAGCGAAGGUGCAUGUGGAGGUGUUUCUGGAUCCCGGGGCUACAGCGGGCGGCACGUUUCUUCCCGUCGUCCAUUUUCACGCGCCCUAGAGCUCUCACGAGAGCUGCGUCAGGCGGCGGCUUCGGCAGAAAACAAUCUACGGCAACUUCUUACCGGAGUGGACAAUUUACGGAUGAUGGCCAGCACGAUCGAGAAUAUUGAUCGUAUCGAUAUCAGUCAUUCAGAAGAUUUUUUCUCCGACAGUGAUGACAACGAUCUUUUGGGGCCGGCACUGUAAGGUCGCUGGUAAUUAUGGUUUUUGAUCUGUAUAACGCAGGUAGAUACCUUAUUUGUAUUCGUUGUUACUUGAACCGAAUUUCGUUUGCUGAGAAAUUAGUCGAUUUGUUUUUUUAUGUUAAUUAGUCCGUGUAUAACAUGUAAUCGACACGAGCUGGAAGUAGGUGCACUAGCCUAACAAAAAUAUGAAAAAAUGACUUAUGCUGUGAUGUACGUUUCGUUUAGCUAUUGGUUUUACGACUGUGUUAGAUAAAGCUAUAGUGGAUUCCAUCCAUUUGAAUUCUGGAUUAUUUUAGUAGUAACAUUUAGAAAACAAAGAUUGCCCUUCUGAUGCACAGCAGCUGGUUUCCUUCGCUAAUAUGGCUGCAGGCCUAUCAACCAUUAUUCAGUUAUAACGGUAAUAGCAUGAUCUGAGCCCGGUAUGAACUGAGCAUAUCACUAGCAUCUUUGAUUGCUUCCUUAGGCAAUACAAACACAAUCAGUACCAACACGAUAAUUUUGCAAUAUGAUUGUCAAUCACCUUUUGUUAUAUUUUUAGCUAGUAUACAAGAGAAUUUAGCAGUAGAAUCAUUAUGCAUAAUAGUUGACAUAAAACGAGUAGAUCUACAUAUUGCGCACAGAAAAAAUGCAUAAACAAUGAGAUAAAAUCUUAUUAGCUAUUUCGCCGGAUGUCUUUCCGUUUGCUACGCUUGGUAGGUGAUGUUCGAUUGGAGAAUCGAAAGUUUUCCGUACCCAAAACAGCCAUUUGAUAGUGAAAAGACUGACCGACUGAGUAAAAGAUUUGCAAAAUAAAGAACCACUGUAAAAUCACAACGUACCGUAAGUUGGCGUAUAAUAGUUUAGAAGGAAACCUGGUAGAACACGGAAUUAUUCUACACAACAGACACCCAUACACAACUACUCAAUCAACAAUAGUUCGCGGUGUACAACAAAGCACACAACACUCACGCACUCUAACCGAACAUAAUGUGUGACAAACUCAUCAACUAUUAGCUAUAUUGUAAAUUAUGAUGACUAUUCGUUGUUUAGGUUUUAUGCAGGAAAGGACAUGUAAAAAUCAAAAUCUACUAAUAAUGAUCAUUGUCAGAAA